AUGUCAGCCUCGCUUGGUAUAACAGGUCAGGAACAAGAACAAAUUCAUGUUUUCCCACUAAAUCCUAUUUCUACUGACGCCCAAGAGUCGAAAUUCAUAGAGAAUAACAGGUACCUCAAAAAUGAGCAUCAGUUCAACUACUACAACGUGCCGGGAGCCAACUACACGGGACCGUCGGAAAGGGAGAGGCUUGAUCUCUCAUUUGAAUCCGGUUUGGAUGAAGAAGUCACUGACUCUCUUAGUACUUUGAUUACGAUCUCGAUCUCCAAUCCCCUAUCGCUGAACUUGAAAACAAACUAUGCGUUUUUGGUGAACUAUCUUAGUAUAUACUUUGAUUGUACUGUCUUUGAUCCAAGUGCAGAGAACAAGGACUUGAACAAAAGUCUAGACUCGGCUUUAAUUCUCCGGAAUUUGGCUCAGGAUAUCGACAAUUCACAGGUGAUUUCCCUGAACUCGAAGAUUGCCGAGACGAUCCUUCUGAUUCUGCAAAAUCCCAUUGUUAUGAAUGACGAUUUUUCCAACGACCACUACGAACAAUGCAAGGAGUUGCUACGGUAUACAAUGGACAUUGUGGAGUCGAUUUCUUCUUAUCUUGCACCUGCCCCUGCUGGGAACAAGCUGUUUCUGGCACUUAUCGAGCUUUUCCGCGUUGUUGGGGACAGGUCCGCCAUUACCACCAUUCUCAGAUCCAUGAGCAGAAUGAUGUACAACUCCAGAAAGACUGGGGAUGCUCCGGAUGAUGUUGACGAUGAUAUUUUGAAUAGGGCAGUCUCUUAUUUGGUACUGUCCAUCAAUGACAAGAACGAUAACGACGAACUAAUCCUUACCUCGCUUGACUUCCUCUAUCAGUUUGUUCAGCACAACCGUGUGGAUAGGCUUUUGUCGUCAUAUACUCGGGCUUCCAUAUUGCAAAGUUUCCUUCCUAAGCUGCUUAUAUAUAAGCUCAAUUACAAGACGGAAUUUACACAGCAAAUGCCUGUUCUCAAGCUUAUUAGAAGGGUGAGGGAUCCUGUUCCCGAAAAGCCUCCUGUAUUGCCAGAAAUUCUUAUCGAUCAACUCAAUGCUAUCCCUGAACCGGACAGAGCAACCUCUUGGUUGAGGUGCUCUUUUGAAGGGGAUCCCGAAGGUCAGGUGACACAAAUAUCUCUCUGGAGAUGCUAUGAGCUUCAAUUUAAGCCAUUUAUUUCUUCCAAAGGCUUGAAAUUACUUCCUGCAGUGGAUUUCAUUAAAAAUGUACAACACGCAUUUCCUGAUUCGGCAGCAAUGGUGAUUAACCUUCCCGAUAAUACCAAGAAAUUCAUUAUCAAGGGUAUUCAGCCUCGAAUUAAGGCAGUUAAUCUUGAAAAGGGCAAGCUUGAAGCACUUAAUUCGGGUUCAAAUAAUCACAGGAGCAGAGAAAAGUACAGUAAAGCAUCAGAAUCAUCACAGGAACCUUGUCCAUUGUUUCAAUACAACUUCAACGACUACUUGAAGUUGAAUGAGAUCAAUAUCUCAACUAGUGUUCUAUUAAAGCAGAUAGUCUCAUCUCCAGCAGGUAUAGAGCUCUUCAAAGGAAGAAGAGAUGAUUUCAUCGAUCGAGUUAUGCAUGUUCCUAACUUACUCCCAUACAUACAUGAAGUCAUGGCGAAGUUGGACUAUUAA